AUGAAACUGCGCGAACACCACAAUCUGUCGGGAGCAGCAGCAGAGCAGACCCAUCCCGCCCCGCGCAGUUCCCCGCACUUGCCUCCCCCACCUCAUCCAAUCACACCGCAAGCGCCACUCGUCUGCAUGACGCCUCGCAUCCCGCUGCAAGCAAGUCGGAGCGGAGAGGGGGGGGUUUUCCAGAGCGACGCCACAUCGCACGGAGGCGGUCUAUCCGCAGCAGCCAUGGACGCGGCGACCGUACCGCCGGAUGCGGGCAACGUGGAAGAGCUGCGUGAUGUGGAACUAGUUAAAGAUGCGCUCCUGUCGGGGAAGGAUUUAAUAAACGAUCUGCCCGACGACGUUCUUUCCGCGAUUCUCGCACGCGCAUCUGGCGGCGAGACGUUGCACCACGCGCUCGUGUGCCGCCGCUGGUUGCGCCUAGCGCAACUCUCGCAGAAUGCCGUCCGCGUCACCGCCCCGCGCCACCUCCACGCGGGCGAGCUGCUGCGCGGCUUGGCGCGCUUCCCCAAUGCGAACUCGCUCACGCUAGGCGACAUGAGCGUCGACUUUUUCAACGACGCGUUCCUGCGCGCGCUGCCCUCCGCGUGCCCGCAGCUCUCCCGCCUGCGCCUGGACGAGCCGCAGUACACCGGCGCGCCGCACUUCCGCAUCACGCUCACCUGCCUCGGUCGCUUCCUCCGCGCCGCCUCACGCCUGGAGGAGCUCACGCUGAAGCACAGCCUCGGCCACAUCACAAAGCUUCCUUCCUCGCUCGCGUCGCUCUCGUCGCUGCGCGUGCUCAAGCUCUGUCUGAAGCGCCUCCGCGUUCUGCCCGACGAGCUCGGCGCGCUGCGCGCGCUGGAGGAGCUCUCCGUCGUCUGCCCCAAACUCACGAGCCUCCCCGCGUCCGUCGGGCAGCUCCCGCGGCUGUCCCGCCUCUGCCUGUCGAACUGCCGCGAGAUGAGCCAGCUCCCCGCGCAGCUCGGCGCGCUAAGCGCGCUGACGGCGCUGGAAAUUCACGGGUGGUACCGCCUGGAGGGCAUUCCCGAGAGCAUCGGCGCGCUGAAGGAGCUGCGCCGCCUGCACCUGCGGAAAAUUUCGUGUGCGCUGCCCAACGUGGGGGAGGAGUGGCGCAAGCUGGAGGAGGUGCGCCUGGAGGAGGUCAGCGCGGACCACCUUCCGCCCAUCUCCCUCGCGUGCCUCGCGGUCCUCACCAUCCGCCAGUGCCGCAGCCUCCGCGCCCUCCCCGACGAUAUCGGCGCGGCGCCGGCCCUCCGCGAGCUCGAGAUCGUCGAGGCGCCGCUUACCUCGCUGCCCGCGUCGAUCGGGAUGCUCACGUCACUGGAGCGGCUCGUGCUGGCGCCGUACGGGUCGGUGAGCGCGCUGCCGGCCGCGCUGCUGGCACUGCCGCGACUUGCGCACGUGGUGCUGAAGAGCGUGUCGAGUCUUGAUUCGCUGCUGGGGGAUUGGGCGGAGGCGGAGGCGGAGGCGGGCGAGGAGGAAGAAGACGCGGAGGGACGGGACGCGGGCGGCGCGGCUGACCGCGAACCCGACGGGGCUGCAAGCACCGCUGAGGCCACUGCUACUGCCGUGCAGCCCGCCCCUCCCCCGCCUCCGCUGGCCCCCGCUCUGCGCCACCUGGAGCUGCACAUGGCGUUCCGCGCGCCGCUGGGCCGACUGCGCCGCCUGCCGACCGCGCUGUGGGCGCUGCCGGCGCUCACGCACCUGGGGCUGCACGGCUUCACGCAGCUCGUCGCGCUCCCCGCGCGCGUCGCGCGCCUCUCGUCGCUGCAGUCGCUCACGCUCCAAUCCUGCUCGCGCCUCACCCACCUUCCUCCUGCGCUCGCCGCGCUCGCGCCGUCCCUGCGCGCGCUCACGCUGUCGGACCUCUCCGCGCUCUACUCCUUCCCCCCCGUCGUCUGCCGCCUCACCGCGCUCACGUCGCUCUCGCUCGUCCGCCUGAUGCACAUCGAGCGCCUCCCCCCCGCGCUCUCCGCGCUCUCCGCCCUCCGCGCGCUCAAAAUCUCUAUCGCGUCCGAGCUCUCCUCGAUUCCCGGAUCGCUCGGCCAGCUGGCGGAGCUCGAGUCGUUCGAGCUGGAGGACUGCCCCGCGCUGCGGAGCCUGCCCGCGUCGCUCGGCCGCCUUACGGCGCUGCAGACGCUGGUCGUGCUGCGGUGUACCGCGCUCACCGCCAUUCCCGCCGGCAUAAGCGGGCUCUGCGCGCUGACGCGCCUCAGCAUGACCUCGUGCGGCGCGCUCACCGCUCUGCCGAAUUCCAUCGGCCAGCUGGGUGCGUUAAAGGAGCUGACUAUAACGAACGUGCCAAUUGCGGCGCUCCCGGACACACUGGACGGGCUGACGUGUCUGGAGGAGCUGCGCGUCUCGGACUGCCUCUCCCUCGCCGCGCUCCCCGCGUCCCUCUGCGCCCUCCCGCGCCUCCACACGCUCUCCCUCAUUACGUGCUCUGCGCUGCGCGCCCUCCCGGACGACAUCGGCCAGCUGCGCGCGCUCAAGCGCCUCGCCCUCGAGCGCUGCUCCGCGCUCGCCCGCCUCCCCGCGUCCCUCGCGCACCUUCCCGCGCUCGAGUCGCUCGACGUCACUAGCUGCGACUUCCUCACGCACCUCCCCGACGACUUCGCUUCGCUGCCGCGCCUCGCGCGCCUCGCGAUCAACCACUGCCGCGCCUUCGCGCGCCUUCCCGCGUCGCUCCCCCGCCUGCCCGCGCUCCGCGUCCUCUCGCUCUCGUACUGCCCGUCGCUCGCCGCGCUCCCCCCCGACCUCGGGUCCGUCCGCGCGCUGCAUUCCCUGCACCUGCGCGAGUGCUCCGCGCUGGCGGAGCUGCCCGCGGGGCUGGCGCGCGCGGAGGGGCUGCGCCACCUGGAUGUGUGGGGGUGCGCGGCGGUGGGGGACGACGCGGAGGUGGGCGUGUGCGGGCGCAGCGUGCACGUGGUGCGGGGGAGGCGCGGAGGGGGCGAGUUCGUGGGGGUGAAGCCCAGGAAGAGGCGCGCGGGGAGGGCGAGAGGGGGAGGAGCGGGGGGAGCGGGGGUUCAGGGGGGGACGGAAGCAGGCGGUGGAGGGGCGGAAGGAGAAGAGGCUGCUGGGGGGGGUGCGAGUGGGGCAGACAGGGGCGGUGCGGAGGCUGGGGGAUUGGAGGGAGGAGCAGCAGGCGCGGGAGGGGAGGGGGGAGAAGUCGCGGGGGAAAGGGAAGGCGGGAUGGAGGCAGAGGGAGAGAGGGCAGGUGGGGAGGAAGGCUUGGGGUCACUGGGGCAGGCACAGGGGGAGGGGGAGGGAGCAGGGGAAGGAGAGAAUGAGAGGGAGGAGGAGAGGGAGGAGGAUAGCGUGGGAGUGGCAGGGGAUGAGACGCAGCAGAGGGGAGUGGGGGAAGGAGAGGAAAGUGGAGAGGAGCGAGGAGAAGUGGGAGGAGACGGGAGAGGGGAGGAGGGGAUGACACGAGAGGGCAGACAUGAGGGAGGGGACGGCGAUGCGCACAUGGCUGAGGUGGAGGCAGGGGAAGAGGUGGAGGGGACGGUGGGGGGAGAGGUGGAGAGUGUGGGAGAGGAGGGAGAGAGUGAGGUGAGUGGGGAGGGUGAGCAGCAAGGGGUGGAGGGAGAGGAUGGGGAUGGGCGCAUGGGCUUGAAUGACUGUGGUGCAGCAGCAAUGCAUGGUGAUGGCAGCCAUGGCAGCAGGUUGGGGAGCAGAAGCAAUGGCAGAGAGGCGGGCACACGGAUGGGCAGAGGGAGGGGUGCAGAUGGGGAGGCGGGGAGAUGGGAGGGCAGGGGGAAGGACAAGGGGGGUGGUGGCAAGCGAGGGCGGGAGGGGGAGGGUGGGAGGAUGGAGGGGAAGAAGUGGAGGAGAAAGGAGGCGCGGGCCAAGGCGUGGCGGUGCAAGCGCGCUGCUAACUGCUGCUGA